UCUCUCUCUUAUCUUCCAAAGCACUCCAUCCCAAGUCCUUUUCUCCAUAAAUAAAACUCCACACCUCUCGACUCAUUACCAACCCUUCACAAAACAAAACCACAACCUCUCCACCAUGUCCACCGAUCUCGAAUUCUUACACGACGUGUCGAAAACCCGUCUACUCACGGUCAAGACUCGAACUUCAUCAACACCCCAAGCCUUCAAUAACAUCGGUGGCGACAACAACAACAUCGGAGUUGUGGCACAAAAGAUUAACGAGGAUGAAAAUGACGUAGAAUACUACUGUCGGACUCCAACAUCCAAGGAACACAGAAUUCCCUCGAUCCUAGACUGUCCCCCGGCGCCACGUAAACCAAAAAGAGCAUCCUCAUGCAAAAGAAAACUCUCCGAGGUUCAGUUUUCCGAAAUCGUGAACUAUGAUGAGGUCGAUGCGUUUUUCAGAUCGAGCUUCGACAAGUUAGCUGUUCUUACCUCAGUCAAGAGGAACUGUUGCCCAUGUAAAUGAAUCGGCUGCCAAGGUUGAAAAUAUUACACGACUAUCUGUGUGUUUUUUUUGUUUUUUUUUUUUGAAUAAUCUUUUCUAUAUAUAUAUAAUUUGUAAUAUAUGCUGGGUAUAUAUGGAUAUGGUUGACAUGAUCAUAUAUAUCCAUCCCACUACUGCAUGAGAUUGGAUUCAGGGUCCUAAUGGGUGUCUGAAAUUUCUGACAAUUUGGGAUCUGAACCUUGAUUAAUAAUUAAUUACGUCAAUAUGAAUUUUAUGGAAUUUA